AAUCACCGCUCACCGUUUCGUUACUAUAAACAAGAUAAAUCUCUUAUCAAAGAUGAUAAUUACAAAUAGCAACUUUACUUUUAAAAUGUUUUACUUAACUCAUUUACUGAUAUGAAUGUGCCAGUCUCCAUCAUAGUAUCAUGUUGACCUCCAGAUAUAAAGCUAUCUUAUUCCUGCAGACCCUUCUAAUUGCCAUCGACUUCUUUAUGAAUGUUGCCACAGAACUCCUGAGAUUAGAAAAUGUUGUUUUACUGAUUCUAUACAUAAUCCAAUCAAUUGCCAUCAUGUCCUCGUUGAUCAUUGUGUUCCUGAUGUUCUUCAAUACAUUCAUCUUUCAAGCUGGCUUAGUUAGAUUAAUGGUGAACAAAUUCAAAAUAACCAUUAUUGUUACAUGUCUGUACUUUGUUCUUUGUACAGCUCUAAAUUGCUGGAUUAUGAAUCUACGCUGGAAGAAUGUUAACGAAUAUGUCUGGAAUACCAGUGGUAUUCAAGUAAUAUAUGUAAUCCAGAGGUGCAGUGCAAUAUUUUACUAUUACUUUUAUAAACGAACUGCUCUGAAACUUGGUGAUCCAAUAUUUUAUCAAGAAUCUCAAUGGCUCAGGGAUGAAUUUCUGAAACAUAAAUAAACAUUCUAUUUGUGAUGUUGGCUCAGUCAGAGGAAAUGUUUAGAAUUUUAUAUGAAACAUAUUGGUAAUUUUUUCUUUCAUUUAUGUGGGGGAAAAAAAAAAAAAAUUAAAGCUCUUAAAAUGUU